GCCCGUCCCCGCCUGCCCUUUCCGGGAAGCGCCGCGGGCCGUGGCUACCAUGGAGCGCGGAGUGACGGCCGUGAGCGAGAGCAUGAAGGCCGAGGCCACCUGCUCCGUGUGCCUGGAGCUCUUCAGCGAGCCCGUCAUCACCGAGUGCGGCCACAACUUCUGCCGGGACUGCGUGGAGCCGCUGCUGGGGGUCCCGCCGCGCCCCACCGCCUGCCCCCAGUGCCGCGCCCCCGUCACCCCCGGCUCGCUGCGGCCCAACCGCUCGCUGGGGGCCAUGGCGGGGCUGGCGGCGGCGCUGGGCGGCGAGGGGCGGCGGUUGUGGUGCUCGGAGCACGACGAGGCCCUGGAGCUCUUCUGCGAGAGCUGCCGCGUCCCGCUCUGCCUCCGGUGCCGGGAGGGGGCCCCGCACCGCGCCCACCGCGCCCGCCCCGUCAAGGAGGCGGCCCAGAGGCUGCAGGAGACACUGCAGAAGAACCUGGUUUUUCUACGGAAACAGAAAGAAGAGUUUAAGACCAAAGGAGAAAAGAAAAGUGAUGGCCUGCUGGGGAAGGUGGCCUCGGAGCGGCAGAUGCUGCAGGACACCUUCAAGCAGCUGCAGCAGUUCCUGCAGGAGCAGGAGGACGCCCUGCUCGCCCAGUUCGACCAGGCGCACGAGAACCUCACCGAGGAGCGCCACCAAUACAUCUCAAGUGUUGCAGAGAGGAAAUGUCUACUGGACUCGCUGAUCGCAGAGAUCGAGAAGAAAUGGGACCAGCCCAUGGCUGCAUUCCUCAUGGAUGUUGGAAAAACCCUGAGCAGCUGCGAGGUGGCGAAGGCCCCGAUCCCGGAGUCGGUUUCCCCGGAGCUGCAGAAGACCAUUAAGAACCUCUUUGAGAUGAGCCGCCUGGCUGUGGAUAUGGUAACCAAAUUCAAAGUGAACCUGCUGACCGAGCUGGACAGAGAAAAGGUGAUAGUGAUGCUGGACCCAGAGACGGCAGCCUCGUACCUCAUUAUCUCGAAGGACCGCAAAACCAUGCGGCUGGCGGACAUACAUCAAAACCUCUCCGACACCUCCAAGAGAUUCACAGGCAGCCCCAGUGUCCUGGGCUGCCAGGGCUUCACAAGCGGGAGGCAUUACUGGGAGGUGGAGGUCAGGGACGGACAUAGCUGGGCUGUGGGGGUGGCCUUGGAAUCGGUGCAGAGGAAGGACUCGCUCAGCAUGGCCAUGGGGAAGAUCUGGGCCCUGCGGCUGGACUGGAAUCACCAGUACACGGCACUCCACGUGACCCCCAUCCCGCUGACACUGAAGGAAGAGCUCCGGAGAAUCAAGGUGCAUCUGGAUUAUGAAGCGGGCAAAGUGACCUUCUACAACACAGAGAACAUGAAGAAGAUCUGGCAGUUCAAGGCCUCCUUCACUGAGAAGGUCUUCCCAUACUUUUGGCUCUGGUCAGAAGAAACCUCUAUCCAUCUGUGUGCCUGACAAGGUCGGAUGCUUCCCAGUCUCCUGCCCAUGUCCUUGGCUAGCUGAGCAGGCAAGAGGCGUGGGAAUGACACAGUCUCAUGCUGCAACCUCUCUGCAGCUCUGCCUGGCCUGGGUCCGCUCUGCACAUUGCUGCAUCUCCUGCUAAAUUCCUUGAGCAUUAAAAACGUGUUGUACUGCC